AUGAGUGCCAAAGUGGACCAGGAAGUCCUGUCAAAAGAUGCAGAUGUUGCCCCUGACAACAAUGACCCCAGCCUCUCCAAUGAGAGUAUGUCUCCAAGGACCCGCCCCCAGACUGCUACUGCACUCAUUUUGCCAGCCUCUUCACUGGCAGUGCCAAAAGUGGAGGUGUGUCAGGGUCCAGGUAAAGAGGUGAAGGGGAGUGGGCCAGCAGAGCUGGCGGGCUCAGCCGUACCUGCACAGGUUGGCGGGACCUGUAGCAUUGUGCAUGUGCUGGAAUGGAAGGAAGGGAUGGCAAUUUUGCCAGGCAGCAAUCUAAAGUUGUGUAUGAGUGACAGUGGAACACUGGAAGUUAUCAGCCAGGGAAAGGUCAGCUGUUCCAACCCUGUUGCCGAGGGAACAGUUAAGGACGGGGAAAAGAAACAGACUGAACAUACUGAAACACUUCUAAUGAGGCCUGUGGAACUGUCUGUAGAUGUUGUGGUCCAAGGCACUGCUGGUCCUUCUGCUGUGGAGAUGGAGAGAUCCAAGUCCAAUCCAGAACCUCAGACGAGUCCAGCGCAGUGUAGGAUUUCUGAGCCUGGGCCUAAACGGACAUACGCACAGGAGCUGCGUCGAGAGCCUCUGACCAAUAAACAAACAGGUGUAGAGAAGCCACUUGGGGGACAGGUGAGCUCCCGUGAUCCGGAGCUGCUAAAACCGAUGAAGAAGAGAAAAAGACGGGACUACCUAAGCCCAUCAGAGGAGGAGUCAGACACAGAGGCCAUGGAGGAGAAAGCAGAGGACUCAAAGACAGAAGGACGGCAGAACAAAGGUGGCGCAACUGACACUAAGGAGUCCUGGUCAUGGCUGCAGUAUCUACAGGAGCAGAAAGCAGAGGCAGCUCCACCCAAACUCUUCCAGGAGUCUCAGAGAGUUCCACAGUGCAAAAAUAAUUUCCGUCAGGGUAUGAAGUUGGAGGGCAUUGAUCCCCAGCACCCGUCCAUGUACUUUGUCCUGACUGUAGCUGAGGUGUGUGGCUAUCGACUGCGUCUCCAUUUUGAUGGUUACUCCGAUUCUCAUGACUUUUGGGUAAAUGCCAACUGUCCUGACAUCCACCCAGCUGGGUGGUGUGAGAGCACUGGACAUAAACUGUACACACCCAAAGGGUGUAAAGAAGAGGAAUUCUCCUGGUCUAGUUACCUGAGGGUGGCCAAAGCACAGGUUGCUCCAAAAGAGCUUUUCUCUAGCCCUGGUCGCACGGAUACGGAGUGUGGGUUUCAGGUGGGGAUGAAGCUUGAAGCUGUUGAUCGCAUGAACCCAUCACUCAUCUGCGUCGCCACAGUAACAGAUGUCGUGGACAACCGCUUCCUUGUUCACUUUGAUAACUGGGAUGACACCUAUGACUAUUGGUGUGAUGCAACAAGCCCCUACAUUCACCCUAUUGGCUGGUGUCAAGAGAGGGGCCUUCCACUUACACCUCCACAAGAUUAUCCUGACCCUGGCAGGUUCUCUUGGGAGAAGUACCUGGAGGAGACAGGCUCUACUGCAGUGGCCCCUGAGGCUUUCAAAGUGCGCCCACCGCAUGGCUUCCAGGUUCAGAUGAAAUUAGAGGCUGUGGACAAGAGAAGCCCUGCCCUCAUACGUGUCGCCACGGUGCAAGAAGUCGAAACACACAGAAUUAAGAUUCACUUUGAUGGGUGGAGCCAUGUUUAUGAUGAGUGGGUGGAUGCAGACAACCCUGACGUCCACCCAGCGGGGUGGUGUGAGAGCACAGGACACCCCCUCAAACCGCCUCCUUGUCCAACCUCCACCCAGCAGCCGGGGCCCAGAGAAACUCCAGCUACAGGUCAGCCCAACUACACCUCCAUACCGUGUAAAACAGUGACACACUCUCGAAACACAUCUAAAUACAGCUUUCACCACAGGAAGUGCCCAACUCCCGGGUGUGAUGGGUCAGGCCACGUGACAGGUCGGUUCACAGCGCAUCACUGCUUAUCAGGCUGCCCAUUGGCCGAGAGGAAUCAAAGCAGACUCAAGACUGACCUAUCUGACACAGAGGGCUCUAAACGAAAUCUUCUAGUGUUUGGACAACGUGCUAAGAAGUCACGCUACCAUGGCAGAAUUGGGCGUCCUCCAAAAUACCGAAAGAACCAGCAAAGGAACUACCAGAACAUGUCUACGGAGGGUGUUUAUCCUUCAUUAUUCAUGUCUGCCCUGUCAUCCCAUCCUGACCGCACUCUGUCCUUGUGCUGGGAACAACACUGCAAACUGCUGCCUGGAGUUGCAGGGGUUCACGCCAGCCAGGUAGCCACCUGGACAGUGGAGGAGGUCUUCAGCUUUGUACAGAAUCUCACAGGCUGUGAAGAGCAAGCCCGUCUCUUCAGAGAUGAAAUGAUUGAUGGGGAGGCAUUCUUGCUGCUCACUCAAAAUGAUAUUGUCAAGAUCAUGAGCAUCAAGCUGGGACCAGCUCUCAAAAUCUACAACUCCAUAUUAAUGUUCAAGAGCACAGAUGAAGGUCUGAAGUGA